AUGGCCGCCGCCGCCGCCGCCGCGAGAUCCUUCCUCCGAUCUGGAUCCACCGCCUCCUCCCUCCGCGGAGCAGCGGCCAGAGCUGCCUCCCGCGCUGGGUCGGCUCCUCUCCCAAGGCGGCUCCCUGCUUCUGCUCCCCGCCUCCUUCUAAGGUCGCCGCUGGAGAUGACCAGUUUCUGUGUGGAGUCGCUGAUGCCCAUGCACAGCGCCACCGCGUCGGCGCUCAUGACGUCGCUCCUCGCCGCCCCGGCUUGCAAGGGGUUCGGCUGGCUGUCCGAAGCUGGCAAUGAUGACGUGUGACAGUUUCUAGGUGGAAUGUAGCAGAUUUAAUCUCCUCACCUCAAAUAUACAGAUGGAUGAUUUCCUGUUGCCCGAGCCGCUGCUACAGACCUCCCCCAUUGAAUUUAAAGUACCUUCUUAUCGCCUUCUUCCCAGUCUGUAAUAUUCUGGGAUUUCAGUGCGCAUAAGUGUCUUCAGAACUGUACCUGUUCAUGUCUGAGAUUAUGGCGUUCCUGGAGAAAUAAUGUUUAAUUGAAAGUGUCCGCUGCCCAUUGUUUUGCUUCUAUCUUUGUUGUGAUUGGCAUUGUAAAAAAAAGCGUGCAAUACAAUCCAAUCACUGAGUC